GCAGUUCCCAUUACGACUCAGGGAGCCUGCAAUCAGAGAAGGUGGGUAACUAAACCCAGGACGGGCAGGUAAGGGGAGCUGCACUCAUGCAAGUAGGCACAGGGAGUGCUCUGGUUACACUGAGAAAUUUGAGCAUUUGUUUCAGCAUACUUUUGCUUACGCAUGUCAGGGAAAAGAAGACGAAGUGUAGAAGUCUGAAGAAGGUUGCACAAGAAGAGAAAGGCAGGAUUAUACCAUGGCAGGUUAGGAAACGGUAGUGAAAGAGAAAGAGAGGAUGGCUUAAGAUUUCAAAGGCAACCGUCUUUUGUUCUCACUUUCAGUUGUGAUGGACGGCUUAUAUUUUGCAAGAGUGAAGGAGUCCGUCAUUGCACCACCAUAACAACUUCAAGGACUGCUGAGGAGGUUCUUCUUCGCUGGUCAAACUUUCAUUUGACGAACAAGGAACUUACAAGGUGAAGAGGAGGAUGGUGACAUCUGAUGUAAUUGAUCCAAAGGUAGAAUAGUCAAAGGUGCAAAAGCAAGGGGGAAAACACAAAAGUGCAGACAAGUCUAAUUUAGGGGGGAAACCUACGUGAUUGAGCCUUGAGGGUGAAUAAGAAGCCAUGCGAGAACAAGGCUGAAGCUGUUCAACAGGAGAGAAAGAGGGAGACAGGGUGGGCAGCACGAACAGAGCCAAGCAAGUCCGGAGCUAAAUUAGUCAAAGAGGGGCUGACACCGGGCUGAAGAGAGAUCAAGGCUGACUCCAGACUUUCCUGCCUCCAACUCGAGCAGCCAGAACAUUCCCAGUGGUGGAGGAAAGCUCUGGGAGACACAAUAACAGAAAGUGAGAUUCAAGAGGGGGAGAAUUACAAGAGGACGCCUGGUGAAAGAAGCCACUUAAAUCUGGGAGCUGGAGUUUGAACCACAGGGACUGCAGAGAGAAGCCACAAAACCACAGUGAAGAUGCCCGUCAAUGGAAACCGUCCCCUGAAGCUGCAGUUUGGCCUGAUCAAUCAUGAGGGUCGCUACCUCACAGCAGAGACCUUCGGUUUCAAGGUGAAUGCAUCAGCCCCCAGCCUAAAGAAGAAGCAGAUAUGGACUCUAGAGCAAGACACCCAAGUUGUGUAUUUACGCAGUCACCUCGGACGUUACCUGGCCUCCGACAAGGACGGCAAAGUCACCUGUGAGGCCGAUGGCCAUAAUUCAGACUGCCGCUUCCUCAUUGUGGCUCAGUCAGACGGCCGCUGGGCCCUGCAGUCUGAGCAGUACCUCCGAUUCUUCGGUGGCUCUCGGGAUUAUCUGUCUUGCUUCGCUCAGGUCAUCACUGACGCCGAGCUGUGGACAAUGCACCUGGCUCUGCAUCCGCAGGCCAACCUGCUGUCCGUGGCCCGCAAGCGCUACGCCCGCCUCUCCGUGGAAGACGGGGAAAUCGCCAUGGAUCUGAACAUUCCCUGGGGCGUGGCAGCGCUCCUGACCAUUGUCUACCUGGAUGGGAAGUACUGCCUUAAGACCUGUGACGGUCGCUUUCUCAGCAAUGACGGAAAGCUGCUGACCCAGACGGGGAGGUCCACUGCAUACACGCUGGAACUGAAGUGUGGAAAGCUUGCCUUUAAAGAUUGUGAGGGGAAGUACUUGUCUCCCAUGGGGCCUACGGGGACCCUGAGGUCAGGACGGUGCUCCAAACCAGGCAAAGAUGAACUGUUUGACUUGGAGGAGAGCCACCCACAAGUGGUUCUGAUAGCAGCUAAUGGCCGGUAUGUCUCCAUAAGACAAGGAGUGGGCCUUGCUGCCAAUCAGGAAGACGAGACUGACAUGGAAACCUUUCAGAUGGAAAUUGACAAGGAAACCAAGAAGUGUACUUUUCGCACCAGCCAAGGGAACUACUGGGCUCUGGUGGCUCAUGGAGGCAUCCAGAGUACUGACACAGAAGUAUCAGCAAACACCAUGUUUUCAUUGGAGUGGCUCAGCCACAAGGUGGCAAUAAAAGCUAGCAAUGGCAAGUACAUCUGCAUCAAGAAGAAUGGCCAGUUACUUGCAGUCAGUGACUCCAUAGGUGAAGAUGAGAAGCUCACUUUAAAACUGAUCAACCGACCCAUGCUGAUCCUGAGAGGGGAGAAUGGAUUCAUCUGCCACCACAGGAACUCCAUUAUGCUGGAUGCCAGCAGAUCUGUCUAUGAUAUGUUCACCCUGCAAUUCAGCAAUGGGGCUUACCAUAUUAAAGGUGUCGACGGUCGGUUCUGGUACGUCAACAGUGUCGGACUGGUGUGUUCGGAUGGGGAGGUCCCCGAGGACUUUACUCUGGAGCUCCUGGAGCACGGGCGCCUUGCCAUCCGCGGAAAAAAUGGCAAAUAUUUACGUGGAGACCAAGGAGGCACACUUAAAGGAGAUGGACUAAGUCUAAGCAGCUCUGCCCUGUGGGAGUAUUAAUUCAUAACCUGAGUCUUAACUCUUAAUUGUUGAGGUGAUUUGCCUCUAAUCACCACUUGACUAUUAAUGAGUAAUUUUAUGUUUGACUUAAUGACUCAAUUUAAUUUUACUGUUCCACUGCAAAGAGGAUUCGGAUCCACAUGUAGACAAUUCAAAGACAAAGAAAGAACUGUUCAUGUAAGAUACCUGGUCUAGAGAAGUCUCGUUGAAGAGAAAGAUGCUUUGAAUUAGAUCUGAAAAACGCAAAAAAUAGUCUGAAUGAUAACUGAAGUUUGUGUCAUUCUUUUAGAUUUCUUUCAAUAGGCAUUUUGUGCAUGAGGUAAUGUCUGACACCAAAAAAAUAAAGGCAUGCAGAAUCCGAGUGUAAUGUUUCAUACAUGUAAUCAGUGGUACGAAGGGAUAUUUUGUUCUUUGAUUACACCUUCUUCUCUCAUGUGCCUUUUCUGUAUUUAAACCACUCCUUACAAGAAUUACUGAUCAGGUAAUCCAGACGUAUAAUUACGCUCGUCACUAAUCCCAGGAGAAGUGCUGUACAGUGACUCGGGGUGUCAUUUGACAUGUGCAUGAUCACCAUUACAAGUGAUGUCACCUUGAGAGCAGCCAUGCGUGACACUGAUGUCUGAGGAUAUUUAUUGACAGAUAGUGAUUGCAAGGUUUCAAAUGACCACAUGGGGAAACAUUGGAAGAUUGUAACAAAGACUAAGAGGGACAUAGCAGUGAUAUAAGCAGCUUAAUUUCAGUUGGAUAGGCACAUUCUUCAUUUUCAUUUUCCUUAUUUGAUGAACAUAGAAAUGGAAAGUCUAUGUGUGAUUAUCUUGUGUUUAAGGAAUGUCCGAUUUCUACCAGGAUAAUUGGCAAGGGCACCCUUAAAGUAGGAUAAUGUAAUUACUUCCACUUGCCCUGAUGCAAUUAGUAGAACUUGGUAUAAAAGUGCCAUUGAGUUCAGUUAUGCAGUUACCCCUCUCAAAGUGUUACUGUCUGAAUAUAAAUGCUUAUAAGAUAUGAAGUGUAAUGCUAUUUCCAGACACAAAGAAGCUUCACAUCCGUAUGUGACCUGCAGUUUUGGGUCAAAUUUAUGCAGCAGUAGCUGUAAGAUGGAACUGCUUGAAUAAAAUAUAUGUAUUUUUGCUCAGUACCGUCCGACACUGAUAGGGACAGAUCCGGGAAUCUGUGAGGAGGUAGAAACAUGGAAGAAUCCUCAAAGAAAACAAGAUAUCUGCAAUUCAUUACUAUGGAAUUUUAGUUUUAAACAUCUGUACUAGAUAAAAAAAAAUCAGCUUUGUUAAAUUUGAUUCUGCUGGUGAAAAAAAAAAUCAUGUUCAUCUGUUCUCCAUUGUGUAUUGGUGUUAAGGACCUGCUACUCCACUUUGUUAUUCAUGCUCUGCUGGAGGCUGGCUCCAAUAUAGAGCUUUUCGACCAAAGUGGUUCCAGUGCUAGUUUGGUGCUGGUGCCAGGCUUAGCACCAGUUUUUUUUUGCUUUUCGACCGCCAGCUGUGAGGAAAGCACUGAGUCGGUGCCAAGAAAACCGGUGCGAGACUUGACCUCAGACGUUGCUGGGCCAGAUGUAAGAACCGCUACAUCAUGGGAGGUGCUGUGAUCAUUGUAACCAACCAAAACUAUGCAACCACCGUAUUUAAACAACCACUGUGAGCUUUAACCAUAAAUCACUGGGAAAUGUUGGUUGCAUUCUUACUGAUUUAACCACACAAUCAGCAAACAUGUGACUCUGAAAAGACUUUCUCUCAUCCUGAAAUGUAAACACUGUUGAUGGUGGAAAUUUGCAUGAAGUCAAUUCUGGACUCCAAACAACAUUUUUAGGGCCAGCAUCAGUGUCUGCACAUACUGAAAUUCAGUAUCCAUUGUUUUUAUUCAGAAGGAUUUCACACUCCUGGUCCGGAUUUCCUGCUUUGGCUUUGGAGACUUAAUAAAUGACAUAGGGUCCUAACAUAGGGUCCUGGCUCUCCGGUACUCUCUGGCCAGUCGAAAAGCAAUCCAGUUCUUUUUAAAGCCUGUUUGAAACUGGCUCUAGCAACAACACUAGCACCAGCACAGAUUUUGAGU